GCCUCUCGUCGCCGCUGCCACCGCUGCCGCUGGACUCGCGGCCUCGGGUGGCGGGGACUGAGCUCUCACGCGCCGCGCCCUCUGGCUCCAGGUGGGGCAGAGGACUUGUCCCCUGACCCUCCUGCCUAGGGCCCACCUCGGCCUUCUCGUUGUCCCGUGGCUCUGCGGCUCCUCCUAAUAGCCCUGGACUGAGUCCCCUCCGGUCGAGGAUCCCCCCCUCGUCCCUUAAGCCACCAAGGAGGGGUGGACACCUGCCGCUACAUCUCCCCCAACCCGGUCCUAGCUCUGCAGUCCCCUCACACCCUCACGGACCGCUGGGAGCGUCACGAUUCUGUUUUGCCCUCGUUACAACUCCAGAACCGAGCCACCUCGGUCACUGCCUGCUCCCCAGGGCACCCUUCCCGGGAGACACGCUCAAUCCCCACACAACCUGGGCCUGGCUCUGUGCCUGCGGGCUCCUUCCUGAUUCCCUCUUUCACUACCUCCCACCCUCUGUCUUCUGCCCUUCACUUCCCUUGUCACCUCUUAGAGCCCAUUCUAAUCAGGGGCCAGUGGGUAAACCUUGCCCCAGGAUGUGAGCCCCUUUAACCUGUAAUGCUGUGGCUGGCCCUUGGCCCCUUCCGUGCCAUGGAGAACCAGGUGUUGGUGAUUCGCAUCAAGAUUCCAAAUAGUGGCGCGGUGGACUGGACAGUGCACUCUGGGCCGCAGUUACUCUUCAGAGAUGUGCUGGAUGUGAUAGGCCAGGUUUUGCCUGAAGCAACAACUACAGCAUUUGAAUAUGAAGAUGAAGAUGGUGAUAGAAUUACAGUGAGAAGUGAUGAAGAAAUGAAGGCAAUGCUGUCAUAUUAUUAUUCCACAGUAAUGGAACAGCAAGUAAAUGGACAGUUAAUAGAGCCUCUGCAGAUAUUUCCAAGAGCCUGCAAGCCUCCUGGGGAACGGAACAUACAUGGCCUGAAGGUUAACACCCGGGCUGGACCCUCUCAACACACCAGCCCUGCAAUCUCAGAUUCACUUCCAAGCAAUAGCUUGAAGAAGUCUUCUGCUGAACUGAAAAAAAUAUUAGCCACUGGGCAGAUAAAUGAACAAGACAUACGGUAUCGAGACACCCUUGGUCAUGGCAACGGAGGCACAGUCUACAAAGCAUAUCAUGUUCCAAGUGGGAAAAUAUUAGCUGUGAAGGUAAUACUACUAGAUAUUACGCUGGAACUUCAGAAGCAAAUUAUGUCUGAAUUAGAAAUUCUUUAUAAGUGUGAUUCAUCAUAUAUCAUAGGAUUUUAUGGGGCAUUUUUUGUAGAAAACAGGAUUUCAAUAUGUACUGAAUUUAUGGAUGGGGGAUCUUUGGAUGUAUAUAGGAAAAUUCCAGAACAUGUCCUUGGAAGAAUUGCAGUAGCAGUUGUUAAAGGCCUUACCUAUUUGUGGAGUUUAAAGAUUUUACACAGAGAUGUGAAGCCCUCCAACAUGCUAGUAAACACAAGAGGCCAGGUCAAGCUGUGUGACUUUGGAGUGAGCACUCAGCUGGUGAAUUCUAUAGCCAAGACGUAUGUUGGAACAAAUGCUUAUAUGGCGCCUGAAAGAAUUUCAGGGGAGCAGUAUGGAAUACACUCUGAUGUCUGGAGCUUAGGAAUCUCUUUCAUGGAGCUUGCUCUUGGGAGGUUUCCAUAUCCUCAGAUUCAGAAAAACCAGGGAUCUUUAAUGCCUCUCCAGCUUCUGCAGUGCAUUGUUGAUGAGGAUUCGCCCGUCCUUCCGGUUGGAGAGUUCUCCGAGCCAUUUGUACAUUUCAUCACUCAGUGCAUGCGAAAACAGCCAAAAGAAAGGCCAGCACCUGAGGAAUUGAUGUUACACGCAAUUCUGAACCCAGGAAAGUCUGCUCCUUCUGGGUGUAAAUGGGGAGCAGGCUGGACCUUGAGGCCUGGGUCUCUGGGAAGAGGUCACCCACUAAGUGUCGAGUCCUGGAUACAUGGUGGGCAGGGCUCUGGAUGCUCCACCAGCCAUCUCACCACCUCUGCAUCUGUGAGGAGAGCGGGGCACUGGACAUGUAUAAAAGUUCCCUUGGAGAAGGAUGUGAGGAGCCCUGGAAAGUUUAGGCCACUCAUCAUCGUGUGCCUGGAGAUGGUUCUGUGACAGCCUGUGUAUUGGGACUUCUGUACCCAGUGAAAGGAGGUGGCAGGUAUGCUGUGUCAUUGAGAAUGGAGUCCACAGGACUUCUGGGGGUCAGGGGGGACUUAUUCCCCGCCUACCCAGGCGCCUAUAUUGCGUGGAUAGGAGAUCAUCUCCCGCCAUGGGAGCAGGCGGCUGGUGCCAGUGUCUUCUCUUGAGAGGCACAUUGUCACUUGGGCCUUCCAGAAGUUGCCCUCUCAGCCAUCAGCUGGCAUCACAGGUGAUUUUGAAGUUUUGAUGCGUCAGAAGAAGAGAUCCUUUUACACUCAACAGGAGAAAGAGCCUCAGAAUCGAGGAAUAAGGCCAAGACUAGAAGAUUGGAGGACUUUGGGUCUCCUAUUUCCCAUUUUCUCUAGAGCAGACCAUAGUGUCUGUAGCCUUGUUUUCUAGGGGAGUUACUUCUACUGGACAUCGGGUGUGGCACAAGAGUGACAGUAACAUCCAAGAAGCAGGGUUUGAGUUCUGGCCCUGAGACUUGGAGCUCCCUCCUUGCUUCCUCAGACGGCAGCGACUCUGUUUGUAAAACAGAUUCACAUUUAACUUCUGAUGGGACUUUGAAGGCCACAUGAAGCCCUGGCCUGCAUGAGUGCUCACAGCUGCCACGUUGCAUGGCUAUUCUUGCCAUGUCAGAAUAGAAGGCACAGACAUGGAGCCUGUCCACCUUAAAUCCCAGCUCCACCUCGGCCAGAUCACAUAACGUCUCUGAGCCUAGUUUUCAAAUGAACAAACUGAGGGAGUAGCAGCAGCACCAUCCAGCCAUUUCUUGGGUGGCCAUGCCACCUGAAGACAGAGAAGCUCUGGUAGGAACACCUGUUCAGAUGCUGCUGCUUAUGAAUAUGGACACUGCUUCCUCCAGACCAUGUUCAAACUGGGUUACCACUGACUAGAUAGCCUCAGAGCAGAGCCAGUA